AUGUCUGGACGCGGUAAGCAAGGCGGAAAGGCUCGCGCUAAGGCUAAGACUCGGUCGUCUCGCGCCGGCCUCCAGUUCCCUGUGGGCCGUGUCCAUCGCCUGCUCCGCAAGGGUAACUACUCUGAACGGGUUGGGGCCGGCGCUCCAGUGUACUUGGCCGCAGUGCUGGAGUAUUUGACGGCUGAGAUCUUGGAGUUGGCGGGAAACGCUGCCCGGGACAACAAGAAAACACGCAUAAUUCCUCGUCACUUGCAGUUGGCCAUCCGUAAUGACGAGGAGUUGAAUAAACUGCUUGGCAAAGUCACCAUCGCGCAGGGCGGCGUCCUGCCCAACAUCCAGGCCGUGCUGCUGCCUAAGAAGACCGAGAGUCACCACAAGGCGAAGGGCAAAUAA